AUGACACCGAUCGACAUUCCACUGGAUCUCCAGAGUGAAACACUCUUAAGGCUGCCGGUGAAGUCUCUGUUGAGAUUUCGAUGCGUGUCCAAGCUUUGGUCCUCUAUCAUCACCAGCCGAGAUUUCAGGAACCGGCACAUGAAUAUUGCUACAUCUUCAGCUCCUACUCAUCUCCUCAUUGCUUUUAAGAACGCUAACGGAGAAGAGCAUCAGUUAGUCUCAUCGCCAAACCCAAAACAAUCUUCCUCCUUCCCAUCUUCGUGUUGUGUACCCUACAGAGAUCUCAGCCUACUAAAACUCCAUGGAGACAAGGUGUCUAAUGUGGGUCGGGGCUUGAUAUGCGUUGCCGACUAUGCAUAUGUGGCCAUUUGUAACCCAAGCACGAGGCAGCUCCAUACUUUUCCCCAGUUAAAAUUGAAAGAUGAUCGUCCGAAAGUUUAUCCAGGCCAUAAGUACUUUUUUGGAUAUGAUCCUGUUGAAGAUCAAUACAAAGUGCUUGCCGUUGAUGGUUAUUAUAAUAAAUCCGAGCACAAGGUCGUGGCAGUAGGAAGAGAAGAAGCUUGGAGAGAGGCUCCUUGUGUCGCAUGUCGUCAUGUUGCUCGUACCUCGGGGAUGUUUAUGAACGGAACCAUCUACUACCGGGCUUCCGCUCUCAGGAAUGGAAUUAGUAUUUCUAUAAUUGUGGCUUUCGAUGUCAGGUUUGAAACGUACAACAUCAUCAAUGUACCAAGCCAAUUUCGACGUUAUUAUAGUAAUAGGGAUAAAACGCUGAUCAAUUAUGGAGGAAAAGUUGGUGUAGUUGAGAAUCCUCGUGGGGGUAAGUUUCGUUUGUGGGUUGUGGAAGAUGCUGAGAAAGAGGAAUGGUCCCUCAACACUUUUCAUUUGCCGGAAUCUGCUGCUGGCCUUGACUUGAAGGUCUUGGAUGCCUUUAAUAACGGCGAGAUUUGUCUGGUUCAAAAGGAGUUGUCUGAUCCGUUUUGUCUUUACUACUACAAUUUGGAGAAGAAAAGCAUGAGAAGUGUCAUAAUUGAAGGGCUGCCUAUUUCCGAGCUUAAUCAAGCCGGUCACCGUUCUGUGACUGUCUCGGAUCAUUAUGAGAACUUCACCACGUUCUAA